CCGGGAGAACCGAAGGAUUUUCGAACGGAGCAGUGCGCGGAGUUCAACAGCGUGCCCUUCGAGGGAGUGUAUUACGAUUGGAUUCCGUACACCGGGAGUCCGAAUAAGUGCGAGUUGAAUUGCAUGCCGCGUGGCGAGCGAUUUUUCUACAGGCACAAAGUAGCCGUGAUCGACGGCACUCCCUGCGAAGCUGAGAAGAACGAUGUUUGCGUCAACGGCAAGUGUAUGCACGUCGGGUGUGAUAUGCUGUUGGGUAGCGAUGCCAGGGAAGACGCGUGCAGAGAAUGCGGCGGCGAUGACUCAGAUUGCAAUACCGUUACCGGUGUAUUCGACACAGAUGACCUGCAAGUGGGUUACAUCGAUAUUUUGCUCAUCCCCGAGGGUGCGACGAACAUCGCCAUACGGGAACUGCACCCAUCCAACAAUUAUCUCGCUAUACGCAACACGUCGGGGCAUUAUUACCUGAACGGAAACUGGAGGAUAGACUUUCCUCGCAGCUUGCGCUUCUCCGGCACGAAUUUUCACUACGCGAGAGAUCCUCAAGGUUUCGCAGCACCCGAUACCAUCAAGGCUUUGGGACCGACAAACGAGCCGAUUUACGUCGUGCUGCUGUAUCAAGAUCGCAACGUAGGCGUGCAUUACGAGUACAGCAUACCGAAGAAGUUCUCGUCGCGCGCGGAUCCGGACAGCUACACUUGGGUAACCGACGAAUUCUCCAGUUGCAGCGUCACUUGCGGCGGAGGCUUCCAAUCGAGAUGGGUGGGCUGCGUACGAAGGCGCGACAAUGAGCGGGCGGAUGAGAACCUGUGCGAUCUGCACCUGGAACCAACUGGCACGCAAAGCUGCAACGAGGAGCCGUGCCCGCCCAUGUGGGUGGAGGGCCCGUGGUCGUUCUGCAGCAAACAAUGCGGCGAGGGGGGCGAGCAGACCAGAGAGAUCAAGUGUGAGCAGAUCGUCGCGGGCGGAAUCGCUUCCGUAGUGGACGAUUCCCAGUGUUUGGAAAAUGUGGGACCGAAAGGGCUCACCAAACGGGAGUGCAACAGAGACGUGGAUUGUCCUCAAUGGCACGAGGGGCCCUGGAAACCCUGCGAUCACAUAUGCGGACCUGGAAAGCAAACCAGAACAGUCACGUGCUACAGAAAAGUGGAAGGCAAGAUCCAAGUGUUGGAAGAUGAGGCUUGCGAAACGGAAGCUCCCGAGCGUGAGAAAGAUUGCGAGUUGAGACCUUGCGAUGGUCUCGAUUGGGUUACCUCGGAUUGGAGCGGAUGCGAAGAGAAGUGCGAUCUCACCAAAGAAACCAGAACUGCUCAUUGCGCUACUCAGGACGGCACGGUUUAUUCAGACGAUCUUUGUGAUGCAGACAAAAAGCCUGAAUUAGAAAGAGAAUGCGAGAAACCGAAAGAUUGCGAGUUUCAAUGGUUCGGCUCGCAAUGGAGCGAGUGUUCGGCAAAAUGUGGAUCCGGCGUUCAGACGCGCAAAGUGUUUUGCGGCACUUUCGGCGACGAUAAUGUGAAGAAGGUUCCGGACGAGAAUUGCGAUCCCGAAAAGAAGUUCGAAGAUGCCAAGAAUUGCACCGCUAAGGAGCCGUGCAAGGGCGAGUGGUUUGCGGGACCUUGGAGCGAGUGUUUGGGGCCGUGUGGCCUCGGCUACAUGAGCCGCAAGGUGAUUUGCAUGAAGGAUAACAAGAUGGUAUCUUUAAGCGAGUGUAACCCCUACACCAUUGUAUUCUCUACUGAAAAGUGCAACACUCAACCUUGCGAAGAAGGCGUGACUCCGGCGGCAAUUACUACUGAGUCGGAUGACUUAGAGGAAUGCGAAGACGAGGAAGAGGAAGGUCCCAUUGAAGCGAGCCUCCCUGAGGAAGCGAUAAGCAAACUAGAAGGAGAAACGGACGCGACGACCCCGAGCUCGGCGUUGUCCAAAAGUGACAUUUACGACACCAUGUUUAGCGAUUCGACCAGAGGCGAUAUUUCGCCUUCCGAUCUCGGCAGCGGUGAGGGCAGCGGCGACGACGAAUUUACCGUGUACAGCACCGACUUCUUCAGCACCGGCGGCGAUUCCACCGACAAAGAGGAGAGCGAAAGUCCGGCCAGUGGAAUUACAACGGAAGGCAAAACCGGUACAACGGAGUUCGGCACAGAGGUAACCGAAUCGUCGGAUAUCACAGGAAUGACUGAUGUAACAUUCGAAGGAUCUGGAAGUACCAUUGAAGAAGGAUCUGGCACAAGUCCAGAAGAAGAUUCGAGCGCGUCUACAGAUGCGUUCUCGGAAACUACGACGAAAGGAACCGAAUCGUCGGCUGCAUCUACGGAAUCCGGCAGUACUGAAUCGGCGCCGACAGAUUCUUCCGCAAGUACCGAAUUAGUUAGUACCGAGGAAGGCGAGUCGACCGUCAGUGGAAGUUCGAUACCGACGACGAUCGGAUCUAGCGACACAACAACCGGAUCUAGUGACAUCACAACCGAUUCUAGUGACAUCACAACCGAUUCUAGCGAUGUUACGACCGGUUCUAGCGACGUUACGACCGGUUCCAGCGACGUUACGACCGGUUCCAGUGACGUUACGACCGGUUCCAGUGACGUUACGACCGGUUCCAGUGACGUUACGACCGGUUCCAGUGACGUUACAACCGGUUCCAGUGACGUUACGACCGAUUCCAGUGACGUUACCACCGGUUCCAGUGACAUUACGACUGGUUCCAGUGACGUUACCACCGAUUCUAGUGACGCGACGACUGAUUCCAGCGAUAUAACAACCGAUACGACCGAAUCGGCUGGCACUACCGGUUCCACAGAGUCUACAGUCUCUUCCGCGACCGAGUCAACAGAAUCCACUAAUACGGAGACAACAGAUACCACCGAGACGGUGACCACCGAUUCAACACCGACUACCGAUUCUACAGAAUCAACCGAUUCUACACAAUCAACCGAUUCUACACAAUCAGCAGAAUCUACAGAAUCAUCGCAAACCACAUCUUCUUCGGAAGCAGAGACUACAGUGGCAGAAACAACUGGAAGCGAUGAGACCACCGAAUCCAGCACUUCGUCUGCAACAACAGAGUUAACUGAACUAGAAGUGAUGGGCGAGUCUGAUUUGAAAGAACAGACUGGCACGACAGAGUCAGUAGACGAAACUUCAAUAUCAGGUUCCACUGAAAAAACUGAGUUCACUACAAUAAGCGGCAGCACAGAUGAAACCACCGUUUCCGGAACGAGUCCAUCGGGUGAGACGGAAACUACAGGUAGCAAAGAAACCGAAACAACCGAAUCGGGACAAACUACGGAAUCUGGAGAGACGACUGAAUCCGGCGCUAGCACGGAAGCGACCGAAACAACGGAAUCCGGACUGACUAGCGAAUCUACCGUAGCCGCGACCACUGAAUCAGGUCAAACGACUGAAUCUGCUGAAACUGCAACCACCGAGUCGGGCGAGACAACGGAAUCUACUGAAGCCGCGACCACUGAAUCAGGUCAAACAACUGAAUCUGCUGAAACUGCAACGACCGAGUCGGGCGAGACAACGGAAACUACUGAAGCCGCGACCACUGAAUCGGGUGAAACGACGGAAUCGGGCGCGACAACAGAAUCCGGCGAGACUACUGAGUCGGGACAAACCACAGAAUCCGCCGAAACUACCGUUUCAGGCUCUACGGAGGCCACUGUAUCAGGUGCCACGGAGACCACUGAAUCAGGUGCCACGGAGACCACUGAAUCAGGUGCCACGGAGACCACUGAAUCAGGUGCCACGACAGAAUCAGGUGAGACUACUGUGUCGGGUGAAACAACCGAGACGGAAGUUACGUCCUCCACGGUCAGCGGAGAAACCGAACUCACGGAAAAGACUCUCAUCACAGAAAUUUGGACAACCAGCUUCCCAGAAACGACGAAGAAGCGAAUGUGCAAACCGAGAAAGAGCUGCAAGAAGACGCCAUUCGGAUGUUGUUACGACGGUAUCACCGCCGCUCAGGGACCGUUUGGUCAAGGCUGUCCGACGCCACACACGUGUAACGAGACGAAAUACGGUUGCUGUCCCGAUGGCGUGUCACCAGCUACCGGUCCGAAGAACAAGGGAUGUCCAGAUUCGCGUUGUAACGAAUCACUCUUCGGCUGCUGUCCCGACGGCGUUACCGCGGCACAGGGCAACGAUUACGAGGGAUGCAAGAAACCUUGCGAAGAAUCAGAAUUCGGAUGUUGUCCAGACAACGAAACCGCAGCCAGCGGAAAGAAUAAUCUGGGAUGUUGUAACAUCACCGAGUUUGGUUGUUGUCCGGACAAUAUCAAAGCCGCUUCCGGUCCUGAUGGCGAAGGUUGCGAGGAGGAAGUCACUUCAGAAUCGUACGAAACAACAACGUUACUUUUCCCGCGCGAAGAUUGCGCUAACACCACUUACGGUUGCUGUCCCGACGGCGUCACCACCGCAAACGGCACGAACUUUGAGGGAUGCGGUGUCAUCAAUACCAAAAACUGCACCAUAUCCUACUUUGGAUGCUGUCCUGACGGAGUUUCAGCAGCUCUCGGACCGGACAAUUAUGGCUGUCGCAUGCCGUGUCACGACAGCGCUUACGGAUGCUGCGAGGAUGGCGUAACGCCCGCUCACGGUCCGAACAAGGAGGGCUGCUGCUUAUCGACUCCCUACAAAUGCUGUCCGGACAACAUUCUACCGGCACGUGGACCAAACUUCUACGGCUGCGGUUGCCAGUACUCGAGAUUCGGCUGUUGUCCCGAUAAUUCAACGGCGGCGCGUGGACCAAACAACGAAGGAUGCGGUUGUCAAUACACACCUCACGGCUGCUGUCCGAAUCGAUUUACACCUGCAAGCGGACCCAAUUUCGAGGGAUGUCCGUGCUACACUUAUCAGUUUGGAUGCUGUCCCGACGGUGUUACCAUUGCCAAAGGCUCUCACGGUCAAGGCUGCGGAUGCGAGAACACGCAAUAUAAGUGCUGUUCGGAUGGCAGGACUCCGGCCAAGGGACCGAACUUCGCCGGAUGCACUUGCGACGCGUCGAAGUUUGGAUGUUGUUUGGAUGGAAUAGAGGAAGCUCAAGGCGAGAAUUUCGAGGGUUGUCUCAAGGUGCCAUCGAUGCCUGGCGCUGCUUGCGGUUUGAAAAGGGACAGAGGCACUUGCCGGGACUUCACGGUCAAAUGGUAUUACGACACCGAUUACGGCGGUUGCUCGAGAUUCUGGUACGGAGGCUGCGAGGGUAACGAGAACCGAUUCAAAACGCAGGAAGAGUGCAAAGAAGUUUGCGUUAAUCCGAAAGGAAAAGCCGCUUGCUUCCUACCGAAGAUCGCCGGUCCUUGCGAAGGAUAUCAUCCGACAUGGUAUUACGACGCUGGCAGAAAACAGUGCGGACAAUUCAUUUACGGCGGUUGUCUCGGUAAUGAUAAUAAGUUCAAAACUAGAGAAGAAUGCGAAGAACUCUGCGUCACUCCGGACGACGUCGAUCCUUGUUCUCAGUCGAAGGAAGUAGGUCCUUGCGAAGGCAACUUCACAAGGUGGUACUUCAACCGAGAAUCGCAGACUUGCGAGCAGUUUAUAUACGGUGGUUGUAAAGCGAACGAGAACAACUUCCCGACGGAAAUUGCUUGUCAUCAGCAAUGCUUACAACCAGGUCGAAGGAAAGAUCUUUGCACGUUGCCGCGGGCGGAGGGUACAUGCGCGGAGAAGCAAUCUCGAUGGUACUUUGAUCAAUCGGAGAAUCGCUGCAUGCCAUUCUAUUACACUGGUUGUGGUGGCAAUAAAAAUAACUUUGAAUCUAGAGACGCAUGCGAGUCUGAUUGCCCGCCUAAGAUCGAACAAGACACCUGUCUGCUGCCCGCUCUCCUGGGAGAGUGUCACGAUUACACUCAGCGUUGGUACUACGACUCCUAUGAGCAGCAUUGCCGGCAAUUCUAUUACGGCGGAUGCGGCGGAAACGAGAACAACUUCUUGACCGAGACGGACUGCGUCAACAGGUGCGAAACGGCCGUCACCACGCCGCCUCCGCCGGGAGGGGAAGUCGAGUUCCAACCAGAAUUCUGUUACCGGCCCGACGAACAUGGCCCGUGCUCCGAGAAUCAAGUCAAGUGGUUCUAUGACAGUCGCGACGGCGUUUGCAAGCAGUUCCGCUACGGCGGUUGUCAGAGCAACGGCAACAACUUCAACACUCGCGAGGAGUGCGAGUAUCGCUGCGGCGAGAUUCAAAACCCUUGCGCGCUACCGAAGGUUGUCGGUCCUUGCAGCGGUUCCGUGAGCCAAUUCUACUACGAUCACAAUAACGAUUCCUGUUACGAGUUCGAAUACAGCGGUUGUCAAGGCAACAAGAAUCGCUUUCAGGAUAAAGAAUCUUGCGAAAGUAAGUGCAGACGGCAGCCGCCGGUCGUUACACCGCCGACCACGCCGGUCGUUAUCACGCAGUUGCCUGAAGAAUCAAAGAGUCCGAUCUGUUUGGCGCCGGUGGAUCCUGGCGAAUGUAACAGCUCCAUCACCGCGUAUUAUUAUGACGCGCCGCAUCAGACGUGUCAAGCGUUUAUUUACGGCGGCUGUGGCGGAAACGCGAACCGAUUCCAAACCGAGGAACAGUGCGAACGGCUGUGCGGCAAAUUCCACAAACAAGAUUUGUGCAACAUACGCGUCGAUCCCGGCCAAUGCAGAGGUAGUUUUCACAAAUUUUAUUACGAUCCGAGCUUGCGUGCUUGUCGCGAAUUUAUAUACGGCGGAUGCGACGGUAACGCGAACAGAUUCAGCACAAUCGACGAGUGCGAGUCCGUCUGCAUACAUCACGAAGAACCCGCGCCUACCGGAAACCAAACUAGCCUUCCAAAUCAAUACAAAUCUAAUAUUAACGAGAUUGACGUGGACACAGAGGAUCCGAAGGACAAAUGCGCGGAAGUUAAGCAGGAGUGCGCUCAAAUUCACUGUCCGUACGGCAUGGAGCAAUUUGUGGACUCGCAGGAUUGCGAACGCUGCAGAUGCGUUGAUCUUUGCAGGAGACAGAGCUGUCCUGAUGGAACUACAUGCACCAUUACGCUUGUGCAAGAGGAAACGGAAGAUAAAUACAAAGCCGUUUGUCGACCAAAAGACAAACCCGGUCGAUGUCCGAAAGUGUCUCACAGCACGAGAUGCGAGCAGGAGUGCGUCACGGACGCAGAUUGUUCCGGUGAUCGCAAAUGCUGCGACAGCGGCUGCGCCACUUCCUGUCUGGAACCCGCGCCGGAAGAACCGCUCACAACGACUUAUCGCCCUGUAACUACGCCGCAAUACGGUGGCGAACCCGCGAAGAUUCAACAACCCGAGGAACCGCGUGUCAGCGCGCAAGAAGGCAAUCGCGUCACGCUGAAAUGCGUCGCGAUAGGAAUUCCGAAACCAACCAUCACGUGGAGAAAGGACACCACAUUGAUCGGACCUGCCGAGCCGAGGCGGCGUAUACAACUCGACGGGUCUCUUCAGAUUAUCAAUUUAUAUACUUACGACAGGGGAACUUACGUCUGCACCGCUGACAAUGGCUUAGGACCACCGGUAAGAGCGGAGUAUCAAUUGGAAAUCACAGAACCAAACGAUCUUCCCGUCGGCAUCAUCGGUGAGUCCAACACUCGCGUAACGGUGACGAUGAACUCGCCGAUAUCUCUACAUUGUUACGCCAUGGGAUGGCCGCGACCGCAGAUCACUUGGUGGCACGGCGAUCGAUUGUUGCCUCUGGUCUCCGACGAAUACGAGCAGGACACUGACUAUACUCUGCUGAUACGUUCGGUAACACUGUCCAAUCUCGGUGUUUACACCUGCCAAGCGUUCAACGGUAUCGGAAGACCGGCGUCCUGGUCGCUUACUCUGCAGGCGAUCGGACCCGUCUACAACGUCAAACCCGAACAGCAAGAGUACACCAAAUACCUCGUUCAACCCCCGAAAAGACCCACCACUGAGAAGCCUCAGUAUCCUUACAGACCGACCAGAACGCAAAUUCCCGAGACGCAGACUUACGCUCCCAUUUAUCCCAUCAGACCGUCUCGCAUCCCUCAAGUUAUUCCUCUCGAAACCACCACAUUCAGACCUGACACCGCUAGAUUCAAAGUGCCGGUUAAAGUCAACGUAUCGCUCGAACAGUCGCAGUUCCCCGAAGGUAGCGACAUAAAUAUUCCUUGCACUGUGGACGGUUAUCCAAUUCCGCGUGUACUCUGGUACAAGAACGACGAACUGAUUCGACCGGAUAAUCGGAUCAAGAUUUCGGAACUCAAUCGACUUAUCAUCAGCGAUGCAAAUCGCGAGGACUCUGGCCGAUAUCGAUGCGAAGCGACUAACGAAUACUCCUCAGAUUCCGAUAGCAUUGAUAUACGCGUAGCCGGAAUCUUCAUACAUCCCCAUUGCCAGGACAACACGUUCUUCGCUAACUGCAAGCUGAUCGUAGAGGCCAAGUAUUGCACGCACAAGUACUACGCGAAGUUCUGUUGCCGGUCGUGCACAGAAGCCGGUCAGUUGCCGUCAAAAGGACCGCAUCUCGACAACUCGAGAAGAAAAAGAAGAUCCAUGUUUCUGCGAACGCUCGUCUAAGAUGUCAAAUCGACUCUUCGGCUAUUUCCGACACACACCAACACACAUACGUGACCCUGAAUUCGUGACCGGCGGGAUUCGCGAUGGGAAGAAGACGAAGGGGAACGAAGAAGUCACGCGCGCUUCCUCUCCCUUUUCCCCUCUGACCGGACGUGCCGAAUACUCGACUUGUUAACUCACUGCCAAAGCCUUAGAGCGUUUAUACAUAGAUAUAUAUAUAUAUAAUAUAUGUAUACAUAUAUGAUAAUCCAUCUAAGUUCGCGAGAUCGACGAUCGCGCUUCGGAGGCUUGGCGCUUCGAUCUCGCUUCUCACGAAGUCUCCUCUUAUCCAUGUAUAUACGAUCUGACGCUGAAUCCUAGUCCGACGGAGCCAUAUUAGGCGAGUUAAUUAACUUGUUUUUUUUUAAGAGAAAAAACCUCUUUCUUCUCGGUGAAAAGUGUGUCGCGACCGCGCGUAUCUCUCGGACAACAUCCCGAGGAUGAUCAUCAGUGUCGGCAGACUAUCCGAGCGCGCCGUAGCUCUGCGGAUCGUGUUGUCGAGUCCGCGAGAAAUUGAUUCUUUAGAUUACUCUCUCUACACAUGAUAAUUAUACAUAAUUAAUUUUAUGCCGCUAAACCAAGUAACUUAUCAAGCAACCAAGGUACACCCGCACGAUUCGGAGAACACGAUCCCUUCAAUGAAGUCUCGAUCGAUAAGCGACGAUAAGCGUGGCCAUUUUUUUUUUCUCAUGCAUCAUGGUGCCAGUCAGUAAAUACGCGCGCGAUGAAAACGACGCGCGUGCGAAAAAAAUGUUUGCGCGUGAGAAAUAUCGUAAGUUUUAGGCAGGGAAUUUUAUCGUAUCCCGAUGAGUCUGAAAGGACACACACUGUGCUGCGUGACUAAAAAAACGAACUUGUACCUACUUGUAUUAAGCAUAUACGCACGUUACGUUGUACAAUAUAAAUAGUUUAUUACGCAAUAUACCAUUUAUACUCCUAUGGUAUUGUUAGUACUUGUUUCUUAUGGAUAUUCGCAUAUAAAUAUAUAUUAUACGUAUUGACAUAACGCGCGCCGCCGCGUAUGAAUUCUUUCAUGUGUCAUUCUUCAAGAAAACUGCGUGAUAAAAUUUAUAUUUUCCUUUUUGUAGCAGUAUAAACAUCUUUAUAAUAAAUAGUAUAUACUAAUUAAAUCUCUUUGCGCGAACGGUUAUUAAACUCUCGUCUUUGUUACUUUUAUUACAGGAAUAUUAACUUUUUUCUUAUUUACGCGAGCGGCGCGUUGCAUCUCUCACUGUUACAUGUCGUUGGUGUAUGUGUACAGUCGGUUUUUCUACCAUAUCUAUACGAUACGAUCAGUUAUCGCAUUCGUGUUAUCGCAGACCUGUUGCAUUCAACGUUUGUUCCUCAAGCAUUUUAAUAGUAAUCAUUACUUACGUACUCUAUUUACUAACGUAUCGUCAUUCAUGAUAUAUCGAGUAGAAAUGUAGCAAUUGUAGUCGACGAUUAGAAAAAUGUAGAACGGAAAGAAGGUACCAAAACGCAUUUAUAUACAUACACACUUACACACACGUACACGCGCUCGCACACACACACACACACACACUCACACAUACACACAUACAUACACCGUAAGUGUAAGUCGUGAGAGAUUGUUACCGAUCGGAAUCGACGUAUCGCGAGCUGUAGGACGACUUUUGAUUGUUCCGUACUUGCACCGAUUCAGUCGCAGUAAAAAAAAAAAAAAACGCAGUGCCUUAUUAGAUGACCUGUGUAAGAGAAUUGGGGAAAGAGUGCUGAAUAUACACGACGUCUUGUUAGUGUAAAUAGUUACCGUAAUAUCGCUCCUGUUAUUUAUUUCCAAAACAUUGUGUAGUAGAGAUUUAGAUCCAAAGAAUUUACGUACACAAUCGAUAUCAAAAUUCAAGCGUGAAACUAACAAUAAAAAACAAAAAUAUCCGACGAAGUUAUUAAGUACUCUUCUCCUCUGUGCUCCAGUAGAUUACGACCAAGAGACAUGUAAAAUCGUUAUAUAGCGACACAAAAACUGUACUACGUAGCGCGUAGUGUGAUCCGUGUGUUUAAUUUUUUAAUUAACGAUCUAGCAUAGGCAGAGUCGACGUUGAUCAGCUGUUCCCGCGAAGUUGAAAGUUAGUUGCUGUCGAAAGAGAAGGCGAAGAAAGCAAAGAUGAAUAAAAUCGCGUUAAAAGUAAAAAAAAAAAAAAAUCUAUAUAUAAGGCACAUUCUGGACGUGCGUGUUAGUUCGUUCUACUGUAAACUUGAUUAUUUGUGAAACAAAGACGUCGUCGCGUCACGUGUAGAUGUAUAUAUAAUUUGUAUUGCGAUUUUAUAGUAUUGUCGUGUUUUCCAAUUACACACACACACACACACACACACAAACACAAACACACACGCACACAUAUCCCGACCGGAUACGGCACAUCCUUGUACAGCAAUCAUCGAUGUCCGUAGGUACGAGCGUAGCGCGUCUCGCAGCUCACGUUUAAUCAAUGUGAAUCUCAUUUAAACACGAACAAAAAACAAACCUGAGACCGCGAAUAAAUUUCGCGGAAUUUCUCGUGGAAUUUUUUUGCUGGAACUUACCUCGCGCUUAACAACGUCGACUAAUCGAUAAUGAUCUGCUGUCUUCCUCUUACCGACAAAGAUCGUGUCGCAUUUUCUAUAUAUCUGUACGACGAAUUCGAUUGGAUGCACCAGUGCGCACUGAGUGCGUACUCUUUCAAUGUGUAGUAAAAUACUAACAAUGAAAUAUUCUACUACACAUUGAAAGAAGAUGCGCUCGGUGCGCACUACAGCAUCCAAUCGAAUUCGUCGUGAGACGCAGCGCUGACAUUUUAUCGAUACUACGGGUCUCGACACGAAGAGAGCUGACCUUCUUUGUAGCAGAAAAUUGCCAAAAAGAAAACAAAAGAGAGAGGAAAAAAGAAAGAGAAAAGGGGCAGAACUAAGGAACCACAAUUCAUAUCCCUCACGCAUAAUUAUAUCGAUAGAAGUUUAGCUCUUCACGACAGUGCUAUACCGUAAAGAAAAAGUCUUUAGUGGAUGUAAUUGUAACUCUCUAUAAGUACCUUAUAAGUAAUAAUUAAUAUAUAUAUAUAUAUAUAUAUAUACAUAUACAUAUACAUAUACAUAUAUAUAUAUAUAAUUUUAAAAUAAAAGGUAAAGAUAUAACUGAAAAUGCCACUU